AUGCUUCCCGGAUGCAAAAUGGUACAUUUUUUGCCACUGGAUCAGGUCCGUCACUGUAGAUGUUUCGUUUUUUCUUAUUUCCAGCAAUUCAUGAAAUUUGAGAAUGAUUUUCCCAUCAUUACGAACAUCGCUCUUCUUCUCAGCAUUGUCAUCGAGACAAUAUGUGCGCCAACGAUCAUCUACCUGGCCGCCUAUCAUUCGAGACAAAUGAAAAGAUAUCGGUAUUUGAUUAUCAACACGGCCGUCUGGAGUCUGCUGCUCAAUUGGUUUAUUCUAAUCUUUCAACCGCAAUUCGAGUUCCCCGCCGUCUGCCUGCUUUUCCGGACAAGCCUGUUGACCUCGCCGAAUGCGUCGGUAUUGGCCGCCGCGGCGCUGACGGCGCUCUACGCGAACGCCGGGGUGUCUGUGGGAUGGAGUUUUUUGUAUCGAUAUUCUAUGGUAGGCGCAAAAUUACACUUGUUUAUCAUCUCUUUGCUAGGCAUAUCCAGGCAGGAUCAGCGAGGCCGUAGAGAGAGGAAAAGAAGGUCCGAUUAUUCUUGCGACCGGUCAAAUUUUGAGCCAUCUGGCCUGUUUCUAUCCCUUCUACCGGCACGGCUUCCCAGGCAUGUCCUUUUCUGCCGUAUUCCCUUCAUACGUAUCCCAUUUUUAGCCGUUGAACUCGAGGAGGCGGCGCUUUACAAAGAACUGCCCGACUUGUUCGACCAGAGACAUGAAUUUGGAUACCUGUGUGGCACGGUCGCCUCUGGGACCAGAAGAAUGAUGUUUAUCGAAGUGAUCCUGAUUCUGGUAGUUAUGGCCACUGGCCUGAUUUUAUAUGCAAUUCUGUUCAACCGAGUAAUCAUUCAAAAAUCUCGUUUCAAUUUGGCCAGCACCCAGCGGAUGCAUCGCAUGUUGUUCAAGGUAAGUGUACCCUUAACUGUAAAGGUUUUUAGGCCCUCUCGGCCGAAAUAUUCAUUGCCUACACUAUGCUGAUUUUCCCGACGGUAGCCAUCUUAUAUUCGCUGCAUGCACAAUGGGAGGAAGGGACGACGAUCUGCGCCGUUGCCCUAAUGGUUGUACAACUUCAUGGAGCUGUUGAUUUCCUUGCCAUCAUAUACUUUAUCACACCUUAUAGACGGAAGCUUCUUUCGUUCUUCAAAAAGAAUAGGCAAGAGGGAAAAAUCAGCGCAAGCUGGUCGCAAGGGCUCACGAGGGAGACGCCAACAGUUUUGAGGGUUCCAUAA